AUGUCGGGAGAAACAACGUUUGAUUUAGAACCAAAUCCCUUUGAAAGAUCAUUUGCUAGUAAGGAUUCUUCCAAUCAAUCCAUCCCCAUUGUUCAAUUAAAUGAUGCCAAUGUGGGUAAAUUAGGUGGUACCACUGGACCAGGAGGUAUCAAAUCUAUUAAUAACACAGCAAACUCAACUACUUCAGCUCAUUCGGAAACCACUGCAUCGAUAACUUCUAGCGUUUCAACCAGUGCUAAUAAUAAUAAUAAUAAUAAUAAUAGUCUUACUAAUCAUCAAAAUCAUCAAAAACCAGAUUUACAUAUCCCUAAUAUUUCAAGUGUGAAUCAUCAAUCUAAUGGUAAAUUACCUGGUAUAACACCUCCAUUAUUCACUCCAGGUGGAAGAAGAUUACCUCCCUUGGGAUUAUCUCCCAAUGCUAAUACCUCAGGAGCAAUCUCAAAUCCAGGUACUCCUACUACAAAUUUAUGGAAUAGUUUAUUAUCAGCCACCAAUAAUCAUAAUAAUCCCAACGGUAAUAAUCCUUCUUCAAAUCCUUCUAAUGGAGCUAAUCCAGGUUUAGGACAUCCUAUGAAUUCAAAUUCGAACUUUAAUCAAUUUUUAAAUACUUUAAGAAAAACAGGAUUAACUCCGAACGAAUCAAAUAUAAGGUCAGGAUUAACCCCUGGUGGUUUAACUCAUCAAUUUUCAUUCAAUAAUCAAUUGAUUCCAGGGUUAACUACUCCAUCUGCAUUAUUAAAUAGUCCUAUGACUCCUGGAUUAUCGAGUUUAUUAGGUAUGGCUAAUACUUCUAAUAUGGGUACCACUCCAAACCUUCCUAUUUUAAAUCCUCAACCUCAAGCUCAACAACAACAACAACAAAAUAUUGCUCAAAAUGGAGUGCCCAUUAUAACUAAUGAUAAUCAAGAUCAUAGUGUGGCUAAACCUGCUAAUGUUCUUCCUUCAACUUUGGAAAUUGAAGAACCUACUGAAUCAAAGGAUACUUCAGCCUCGACCGCUACAACCACCAGCAGAAAGAGAAAAGGAAAGGAUGAUGCUCCUACUUCUAAGAAAGCUAAAUUAGAAAAUGUAACAAAUGCCAAUACCAAAACUUCUAAUGCCAACACUGGUGCUACAAGAGGUAGGAAAUCAACCAAGAAAGAAGCUCAAAAGGUUAAAGCUGAAGAACAGAACGACAUGAAUGCAUCUGACAUGUCACAAGAUGAUAAUAGUGGAGAACCAGGAUUAGAUAAACGUAAGAAUUUCCUUGAAAGAAAUAGAGUUGCUGCUUCUAAAUGUCGUCAACGUAAGAAGCAAUUAAUUCAAAAGAUGGAAGAUGAAUUAGCAUUUUAUUCUACAGGAUAUCGUGAAUUAUCAUUACAAGUGAAUCAAUUAAGAGAUCAAGUUAUAAAUUUAAAAGGAAUAAUUGUCGGUCAUAAAGAUUGUUCAUUAUUAGCUUCAUCAGUGGGAGGUAUUAAUAAUUUAAAUAAUAUUAUUCAACAAGCAAAUUAUAUAACUCAAGUGAGUGCAUCAGCUCAAACUAAUGUUUCAUCCAUGCCAUCAACUAUCCCCACUACUUUAAAUAUCCCUCAACCACCACCACCACCACAAACUAAUAUAGUCCAUCAAGUCCCAUCAAUUAAUCAUCCUGUUUUACCACCUCAUGUCCAUCAAAUUGCUCAAGGUUAUGUCGAUCAUCCUCAAGCUCCAACUCAACAACAACCACCCCAAUUACUUUCUAGUGCAAGUGAAACUCCCGAAAAUGGAGGUCAACAUUAUGAUCCUAAUAGUACUAAUUCAAAUCCUAUAAGUUUACCAUCAUCAGGAAAUGGCGAAGUAAGAUUAGUGAAUAGUAUGACCAACUUACAAAGUCUUAAUCCAGGGAUUAAAGUACGAGGCGGAGCACAAAUUUUAUCCCAAGGACCACCACCACCACAAGGACAAUCUCAACUUGAACCACCUAAUUAUAAUAAUCUUAGGCCAGUCAAUAGUAUGACUGAUAUGACAUUACAACAUCAUCAAGCUGCUGCUGCUGCUGCUGCUCAUUAUAAUGGCUUGAAUGUUUAG